CUUAGGAUUAAUAGAUUCGGUUGUCAGAGGGAAGUGACGGUCUGAAGCCAUCCGUUUGUGAUGGAUUUAAUCAUACUCUUUCUGUGUUUGCUGAUACUUUUUAGCUCAGUAUAUGUGCUGUUUCUUCAGAAAAAAGUGAACUAUCCUCCAUGCAUUACAGGAUGGAUCCCGUGGUUCGGAGCCGCAUUUCAGUUUGGAAAAGCGCCGCUUGAGUUUAUCGCACAAGCCAGGGCAAAGUACGGCCCAGUCUUCACUGUGUUUGCUGCUGGAAAGCGCCUGACCUUUGUGACCUGCCAUAAAGAUUUUCGGACAUUCUUUACAUCUAAGGAUGUGGAUUUUGAGCAGGCAGUGCAGGAACCUGUCUACAACACAGCCUCCAUCAGCAAGGAGAGCUUCUAUAGAUUUCACCCAGCAUGCAACCCUCUGAUCAAGGGCAAGCUGACUCAGGCUCAGGUUCAACUGUCUGGUCACCUGUGUGAGCAGUUCAACACCCACCUGGCGCUCUUGGGGCGUAGCGGUUCUGGAGAACUGUGUGACCUGGUCAGGGUCACCAUGUACCCAGCAGUGAUUAGUAACUUGCUGGGGCAACACAACUCCCCCAACAGCCCCGCCGCUGUGCGUGAGUUCAUUGAGAUCUUCCGGAUCUACGACGAGGGCUUCGAAUACGGCAGCCAGCUGCCUGACAUUUUCCUGAGGGACUGGGCUAAAUCCAAACACUGGCUCCUCUCCCUGCUGAAGCGCAUGGUCAGCCGAGGCCGUGAGCCGUCCGAGGCGAGCACCGAGACACUACUUCAGCGCCUCAUGGCCACAGUAACAGACAGAUUCCUGCCCAAUUAUGCACUGCUCAUGCUGUGGGCAUCACUGGCCAAUGCCAUACCUAUCACUUUCUGGGCCAUUGCGCUCAUUCUGUCCCAUCCUUUGGUCUACCAGAAAGCCAUGGAGCAGAUAAGAACAGCCCUCAAAGACCAAAGCACGGAUAGGACGUCCGUAUUAGCUGCCGAGCUACGGCGCACGCCUUAUGUGAAGUGCUGCAUCCUGGAGGCCAUCCGACUCCGGGCCCCGGGGGCUAUCACCCGACGGGUGGUCCGUCCCCUUCAAAUACAGAACUACAUCAUUCCACCUGGGGAUCUUUUGAUGCUGUCCCCAUACUGGGCUCACCGAGACCCACAACUCUUCCCUGACCCGGAACAGUUCUGGCCAGAACGGUGGGAGAAGGCAGAUUUAGAAAAGAAUGUCUUCUUGGAAGGGUUCGUGGCAUUUGGAGGAGGACGUAACCAGUGCCCAGGAAGGUCUUACGCCCUGAUGGAGAUCCACAUGUUCAUCUGCCUGAUCCUCUUUAAGUAUAAGUUCACUCUCCUGGACCCCGUGCCACAUCCUAGCUCACUCCACCUGGUCGGGACCCAGCAGCCGGAUGGGCCCUGCUCAGUGCAGUAUGCUCACAGGUAGUGUGCCACACCAGGAGGUGGAGCCACGGCAUUCAGGAACCUGUGUGUGAAGUAGUCUGUCCUCCACCAGACCCUGGACCACGCCGUGUUGCACCAGAAACUUCUCUUCAGUAGCCAACCUUGGCAGGAAAACCCUGGGAAUUUUAAUUCAUUCUAUAAACAUCUGUGCGGUCCUAAAUGUUUACCAAUAACUAAUAAGCAAAUAAAAAAUCACUGGGAACAUUUAAUCUAAAUAACAUGUCAGUUCAAUGUAAUUUGAGCAAUAAACUAGAGGAAGUAAUGCAGAUUUUUACGGAAUUGUUGCAUUGUUUUAUAACUGCAUUGCAGCGGCUGUCAUAUUUAGUGUGUAAGACAAAAUUAAACCACAGAUGUUUAAACAGA